AACUAAAGUCUGCAAAUGUAUCUUCAUUCUCAGCUAAAGGUAGCUUUGCAGCACUCUUUGGCUUUGGCAAAAGUGCCAAAAGUGCAUAAGAUAGCUUUGCAGACUUAGGUUCAAAAAUGUCACUACAGCCAUCAAAAUACAACCGAGAAUCUGACAAUGUCUUAACCAUCAUUCUUUAUCUUUGCAGACUUAGGUUCAAGAAUAUCACCAUGAGGUGGCUUCUUAUUCCUAGCACCACAUGCUCCAAAGACAAACGUAAUUAUCUCAUGCCAACUGUCGACAAGAUAAAGGGUCCCAGUCUUUGAUUUCCAAAGGGAUCCUAUACCUUCUCGCAUUUGUUUGCUUUUCUAAAUGACUGCCCACAACAGUUGCAUAAAAGUCACCCCAAAUUCAUAGCCUACUGCCAAAAGGUGAUCGCAAGGAUUGAUGACAAUCCCUAUUUCUGCUUCAAGAAGAGGGCCAAGGUCACCAACCGAGCUUCCAACAAAUAUCCUCAGCAGUUUCUUCUUCUUAGUCUUCUCAGAAAUGUCAUUAAAAAUGAGAAUGUGGAACAAGCUGAGAAGCCAAAGAGUGCUACAAAGCUACCUUCAACUGAGGAUGAAGCUGAGACUGCUAAAGAUAAGAAUGUGGAAGCUGAAAAGCAACAAGCUGAGAAUCCAAAGAGUGCUUGUGCUAAGUCAUUGUCCGAUGUGUGUUAUCAUGAUGCUUUUGGCAAUCCCUUGGAACUCAAGUAUGAAGCUGAGACUAAAGUGUAGAAGACUUUGGUUCAAGAAUAUCUCCAAAGAAGGCUUACUUUCUUCAAUCUUUCGUAAAAGGUUCAGCUAUGUGAGGGAAGGACUUGUCCUUGGCCAACUGUUGGGAAAUCGAUUUACUGUAACAUUGAGAUACUACAAAGCCAUUAAAAGACGACAGUUCUGUUGUAAAAGGCCAGCUGGUCUGUUUUUUACCCAGAAGAUGUCAUGUGACAAAAAGAUGGUUUAUCGAAUAUGCGAUGGAUUAAAUUUUGCUUGAUGGUUUAUCGAACUGCAUUCUGACUUCAGCGAUUGGCAACUGGUUCACCCCCAACUUACCUCAUUGGUGCUGCACUAAUCAGAGAAGAGUGGAAAUCUACUCUGAGCGUGAUCCUUGAUCCAAGAGAAGGGA